AUGGCGGCCGGCGUUCGACGGAGAAAACUGAUCGGCCAUAGACGCCGUGUCGAAGACGAAGGCGAGGAGGAGGGUGGUCUCGACCAGCUCGAUCUGGACGAUGACUCGCUUAGCGACGGUUCCUUGGCUUCCGAUGACAUUGAUGCCGCCGACGAUAGCGAUACUAGUAAUGUCGAAGACACUUCGCCUACACGUCCGCCAGUGAAAAAGAAGAUAGCCGGCCGUACUGCGAACACUACCAACGGCACCAAAAAAGCCCACUCUAAACCCACACCUAGCUCUGCCAUACAGAAAAACACAAAACCGAGCAACGAUGUGUCCGACACCGAGUUCAUGUUGAAUGGGCUGAGCCUCUCUGACAAGACCGCUGCCAUAGAAGAGGUUGAGUUUGAAGAUGCGCCAAAGUCGCCCGCAAAGGCGCCCGCGCCUAUUGUCGUCAGCUCAAAUUCCGUGCUGGCUCCAGCAAGAGAGGGUUCACAAGGUCCUCCAGGUGAUCGACGCCGUACGGAGCAUGAGGAAUACAGGCGCAAGCGGGACGAAGAUCCUUCUUUUGUCCCUAACAGAGGGGCUUUCUUCAUGCAUGACCAUAGGCACGCUGGGCCGUCUGCCAAUGGGUUUCGUCCAUUUGGCCGGCCUUCUCGUGGGAGAGGUCGUGGAGUUGGAGGCCCCUUUGCUCCAACCAACUAUCCAAUGCAUAGCCCUUCCGACCCUACAGUUUCUGCACCUUGGGCUCAUGAUAUGCACGAGACUGUCACGCAACCCCCGCCUGUCCGGCAGCCACGAUCCUCUUUCGCUGAUGAUGGACCCCCUAAUGGCAAUGGCUUCAUUCCGACCUGCCCUCAGAGCUCUACACCCAUCAAUCGGAAGAUGUCCGCGGAGAAACUGCUAGGCCAAGUUCAAAUAAGAGUUUUCUUGGCCGGCAUAAAGGAACCCAUUGUGCUCCCUGCUAUCCCUAUGAAGCAGUAUACCAAACUUCCUGAUCAUAGGCCACCCCUAAGACGUGAUAAGCCGGUCAGGAUUUCUCUGCCCGACUUUCCGCAUCGUUACGUCUUCCCGGCUACUGACAGAUCAUUCAUCUUCAUUCCACGUGCUAUGCGUCCAAAUCAGCGAUUGCGAGGCAAGCCGAGAUCUGGCUUAGGAUCUAUCGGAGGGUUUUCGAGAAGAACAAGCGUGUUUGGAGGUAGCGUUUACGCCGGAAGUGCUUAUUCGCCAAGUAUCGCUCUUAGUCGACGUUCGUCUAUCGCCCCGGACAUUAGCAGCAGAGAUUUUAUUGCUUCCCCCACGGGAUCUGCUGUGUCUCGUCCCACACUUCCCUACGACACCACUCGACCAAUCGUCAGGCUACCCCCCCAAGCACGUCAAGAUCAGAGAAUCCCCCCUGCAGGCGAAGUACCAGUUGUGAUGCCCGUGAAUGCUUCGUAUCCCGCUCUUAACGAACGACCCCAGCCCCAAACACACCCGCUUCCUCCAAAGCCUCCCUUUGUGGAGAACAGAAUCGCUCCUAUUCCAAUGCACCAACCCCGCCCCCAGAAAACCGUAUCUGUUGCCAGUAUUGAGUCACCAGAGAAUUCUUACCACCAAGCAUUUCAUCAACAGGUGCCUGUGCAGGUGUCUAAUGGUCUCGGCCAUGAUGCUCAUACUCGCCACCCGUCUUACCCUUCACAGCACUCGACUGGGACACCCCUAUCACAAAUACCAGAGCGCGCUAUUCACGCCGCUCCAUUCCAGCCAAACCAAUUCUCGCAACCUGGCUAUUUCCCAGCUUAUCAAAUGAUACCACCGCAGCAGGGUUACUAUUAUCCGCCGGCUCCCUAUCCUGGUACCAUGCCCCCAAGCGCCAAUGCUUUCGUUCCUGGUUCACAGCCAGGUCAACAGCCUCAGGGUGAGAUUGGAUCUACGCAACCUGCAGGGCAGAACUCACAGAAUCCCAAUCUUGUCGCCCAAGAAGUUAAUGGAAUGGUCUAUUACUACGACGCUUCUCAGUUGCCACCUAUGGCCCCCUAUCCUUAUCCUCCGGCACAAGGUUACCCCAUGCCGAACGUCGGUGUUAAUGGUAUGAUCACACCUAGCCCAGACGGUUAUUACUAUCCCACUCCCGGCGUCUAUUACCCUCAGUAG